UUGGAGAAUCCCAUCAAACUAGCUAACUCAUGUAAAAGCAAGUUGCCCCUGUUAACGUUAUUGAAGAGCUAGUAUGCUAACGUUAGCCAUUUUCUUUGUUAAUUGGCUGGCUAGCAAGCUGAAAUGUGUACCAGGCUACAUGUCAAUUUCCUCUUUUUUUGCAAGCCUGUGUGUCUAGCUAACUAUUGAUUUAACUAGUUACCUAGCUAACUAACGUUAACGACUAAUUAGCUAACUAACGAGCGGAUUGCUAGCGAUGCAGAGUGACCCUGUGUGCAGUACAUCGCUUUUCUGACCGGGGUCGAAUGAACAUCCCUGGUCUGUGGUGCAGGAGCAGCUGUUGAGUUGCCAACGCCACGUUCGCGAGUUCCCGGCCAAAUCCUCAUUAUCAUAGACGUCCUACUGUGGAACUAAUUGUCUCUAUUUUCUACUUGAGACGAGUCUGAGAGAAGAACAAGAACAUCCAACCCGGUUUCGCAUCCAGGCGGUUGCCAUGCACCUGUAAUCCGCUUCCUGUCAGCCAGGCCCAGCCACCCAGGUGAGGUUCUCAGAGUUCAAGGUGGUGAACGUCCUGGCUGUGUGCUCCAUGCCCUUCGCCAUCCGACUCAUCGACUUCACCAAGAACAACCGGCCCAUCGCUAGCUAUGAGCCAGAGCUCCACCCCGCUGCCACCUACAGGAUCAAAACCCUCAAGGCCACCGUCCAGGUCUUCUCUACUGGCAGUCUUACCAUUACAGGACCGAAUGUGCAGGCUGUAGCCACGGCUGUAGAGCACAUCUACCCCAUGCUGUUAGAGUGUCAGAAACCCCUCCGCAAAUAACAGACACGGAAAAACAAGAGCGAAAUGGAGAGAGAAAGACAGAGGCUAAAAGCACCUUAUCCAUUGGAUGCAUUGUAUUAUCCUCAACUUAUCUGCCUGGCAACAGUCUGGGCCUUUGUCCUGAUUGGCUGGAUUUGACCAGGAAGUCAGAAAGGCAGCUUCCGUCCUCCUACUGUCCAAUGACCUGUUGUCUUGGUGACAGCUACGCCCUCUGAACUUUGACCCUGGAUGACCUCUACAGUAUGACCUCUAACCUUUCACCUUUAGCAGCCAGCCAGCCAGCCAAUGACGGCUGCUCCAGUGACUGAUUCACACUAGUAGAAAGGGCGGGGCUCUCCAAGCCAACCAUGAUUCCUUAGUUUUCAGUUGUAUUAUUUUAGAUUUGAUGAUGUCACGGGUUGUGUUCCAAAUGGCACCCUAUUCCCUAUAUAGUGUACUACUUUGAAGGGCCCUGGUCUAAAGUAGUGCACUAUGUAGGGAAUAGGGUGCCAUUUGGAACACAAAGGGGGUUUUAAUGCAUGGGCAGGAAGACCAGUCUUCAACAUGACCUGUCCCACACAACACAACAAGGGGUUUUAACAGAACAUGACGUAACAGACAUUUCCGUAAGAAGCUUUUAAAGUCCCAUUUGACCGUGAUGUUGAACAGAGCAUUGGUUUUUAGACCCUAUAUUCGUCUGCUCUCUAUUCAAAUCGCUGGGAUUGCAAAAAUUCCUGUAACUUUCCACACAUUUCCAGGUUCUCCAAAAAUCUUGGUUUCGAGGAAUCCAGAUGACCUGUUUCUUCCAUCCUUUUCUGGGAAAACAUCCAACUGGGAUUUCUUGAAAACCUGUGAAUUCUGGGAGAGUUGCCGGUGUUAUGCAACCCGACAUGUCCCCUUUUAACUACAGAUCAGAUGUUUCCGUCCACCUUGGGAGUCUUUUACUUGAGAUGCGUCUUCUGGAAGACUCCGUCCGUGAGUUGUUCAGGCCGGGGCUUUGAAGACUUGACAGGUUGUUGUUAUUGAUCUGUGGAGAGAAACGCCUGCUGGAAUGGGAAAUGCAGGCUUGUCCUAUUCCUGUCCUGAUUGUUGUAUGGUUAAACUUUUUUUGUAUUUUAUAAAAAUAAAAAAAAUAAUAAAAAAGGAAAGUAACAAUAAAAUAGGGUAACCAGA